GCAGUUUACGAGGAGACCCUGAACGCAGCACCAGUCCGUUCACUGGAGGACAUCAUAGAGACCGUCAGACCGUCAGACCGGGAGGAGCAGCCCAGACCUCCAUUCAGAAGCAGUCUUGACUGCACUGAAACAAGGAAACAACUCAUUCUGUGAAGAUUCUGCAACAGGAGAUCCAUGAAGCAAGUUUUAAAAAUGGUCCGGUGCUAGCUAUGAGUCAAAGUAGUCCUUGCCUGUGGACUCGGCUCCCCCAGAGCAGCCAGUCCCCAUGUGACCGCUACAAGCACGCCUGCUGCAGCUAUGAUGGGAAUGUCUACAUCCUGGGUGGACGAGGCAGCAGCUGUCUGGGGGACUUCUGGAGGUACAGCGUCGUUUGUAACGAAUGGACAGAGUUGAACUGCACCAGUGAAGCUGCACCAGAAGCGCUAGAGGAACAUGCUAUGGUGACUCAUGAGGGCUUCCUGUACGUGUUUGGAGGCAUGCUGGAUUCUGCAUACACCAGGUGGAGAUGUCCCCUCUGGGUAUUUGACAUGGCACAGCAGAAAUGGGUGCACUGCCAGGGAAAGACGAGCUCCUCUCAGACCCAAAUGCCAACCAACAGAAAGGGACACAGUGCUGUGGUUGUUGGCUCUGCCAUGCUGGUGUACGGAGGUUUUGUUGACAUGAAAGGAUCCUCGCAGGACUUUUGGAGUUUGGACUUUGAUACCAUGGUUUGGUCCCUGCUGAAUGGUUCUCAGCAGGGCUCAUUAGGCCCAGGCCCCAGACACAGCCACUCAGCCGUGGCCAACCAAAGCUGCAUGUACCUGUUCGGGGGCUUGAAAGGCUUGCGGGAGCAGAGAGACUUCUGGAAGUGGAAUUCUACCAGCCACGUGUGGAGUUCCCUCAGAAACAAGUCCGGCCCUUCCAGACUCAUGGGCCACUCGGCUGUGGCCUACAAAGACAGCAUGCUUAUUUUUGGAGGAGGUGAGAGCCAGAACUCUCCAAUGAACUGCCUGUGGAGGUACAACUUCACCUCUCAGACCUGGGGGCAGGUCUCCACCCUCCCAGGCUCGACCCCACCGGACAAGAUUCACCACUGCUGCGCCGGGCUGGGUCCCAGCUACAAGUCCAACACCGGCAGCCCCUGCUCCAGCUCAGGACUCCAACCCAGGCUGCUGGCUGGGAAACUAAGGCCUUUCAAGAACAAGUGCUUCCCCGCCCAGCUCAAGUUUCUAGGAUCAGAGGGAGCUAUAGAGCUGGAGACGUUCAGCCCGGACAGAUGCUACGGCAGCAGAACACUCACAGAAUCUUCCGAACUGGACAACAGCAAAGAGGGCUUGAUGGGGAAAGAUACGCAGCGGAUCGGAAACUGUUUGACCUUUGAAAACAGGGCUUUCAAGAAGCAGUGGAGCUGCACAGAAGAGGACCUGCUGGACGAGGAGGAUGAAGACGUAGCCCAGCAUCUGCCCGAUCUGCUGCUGGUGCUGGGGGGAAGACCUUGCACCAGACACAGUCCUAUCUCCAUAUGGCAAAUGACUCUGACCGACUCAUGACAGCAUGGGAAGAACAAACUUUACAAACAUGUUCUCUAUAUGAGAAAUUUGAAAAAACAACAAACAUCAGUGUUAUAUUAUCACUUCAUCUUUGUUCUUAUGUGUUUAAAUGGUCAUUUUGUGAACAAGAAAUUAUCUGUGAACUAUUUUUAUAACGCUUUUUUUUUGUUGUUGGAUAUAAUGUUAUGAAUGCAUACAUUUCCUUUUUACAGUACUACAAUAAAUUAUCAGAAAAUUACAUUAAGAAAAACUA